AUGAAGAUAAGAUACUCAGAAGGGCUAGAGAAAGUGAUGGACAAUGAACAUGAAAUAACAGAAACAAUAGAAGACGAAUGGGGAAAAUUUAUAAAUGCGAUGAUAAAAACAGCUAAAUCAAUAUGUGGAACUACAAGAAAUAACAACAGAGGGAGACGUACAUCUUGGUGGAACGAUGAAGUGAAAAGAGAAAUAAACGAAAAGAAGAAGUUAUGGAAAGAAUACAUAAAAGACAAAACACAACCAAAAUAUUAA